AUGUUAACAGAAAUAGAUUGCCGAGCAGGAAAAAAAGGUCAAGAAGGUGACGGUAGGAAAGGUGGCCGGUAUGACUCUAGUGGUUUAUCUGGUGUUAAUGGUAGGGGUGGUGUUUACAGUUCCCGUAGUGUCUCUGGUCAGUCAGAUAGAAAGGGUGCUACUGGUUCUGAUGGUUGUGCUGCGAUCGAUGCAGAUGAUAAUAUUUUAGAAACAGGUCAUGAUAAAUACCAUGCUAGUGUUUGUUCUUAUACUAUUACGGAUGAAAAUAAAGAUAGAAUCUACGAGUCCAGUUCAGAUUUUUUAUUACAGAUGUUAAAUGGACGAAUAAUGAUGCAAUGA